AAGCAUAUCACUUCUUGCUUAAAAUAAAACGUCACAAUGGUGUGACGUCAUUGCGGGUUUUGACGAUAUUGAAUCUCCCGUUUUACGUCAUCAUCAUCGUCUGAAUAUGGCAGAGAAGAAACGUAAACCAAACUGGACACUGGAAGAAUGUUUACAUUUAACGCGUUUAUUUAACGAUAAUAAGAAAAUUUUGAGGGCUAAAUUCGGCGCCGGAGUGACCACUCAAAAGAAGAGGGAAGUAUGGAAAAAUAUUACUGAAGCAAUUAAUGCAGCCAACCCUUCAACCGUCCGGACUAUAGAAGAAGUCGAAAAGAAGUGGCAUAACAUCCACAUGAAGGGGAGAGGAGAAAUAUCUGAUUUUAGAAGAAGUUUGCAAAAAACAGGUGGAGGACCGGCAGAGAAACCAUUAAGUGCAUUGUCACAAGCUGUUGAGGAGGUAAUUGGUGAGGAAAAUGUUUCUAUCUGUGGAAUAUCUGGGGCCUUUGAUUCCUCUUUGAUGACGUUUAACAAUUUCACCAGGGGCAUGGAAGACAUUCCAUCGAGUUCACUGCAAGGAAGAGUGGUGGAGGAUUUUCAGCUCGACCCACAGCCCUCAACGUGCACGAGUCAGCCCAUUAUCCAAGAAGACGUGUCACUGGGUAUCUCGGCCUUCCCGAUGCCACCAAAUUCUCCAAAAGAAACUACAGCUACAUGUAACCUAGCUAGAGAGAAACUUCAACUCGAAGUUGAGAACCUCCGUCUGAGGAAUGCCCUUCUGAAGCAACAAUUGAAAGACUUCAAUAAAAAACACUUGUAAAACUUUUUAUUAAUGUUUAUACUGAAAAUAAAUUAUAUUCGAUAAAGGUAAAAUAAUAAAUGUCUUCUCUCUAGAAAUGAUUUAUUGUAAUGUGAUUUCUGUAUGCUCUGCCAUCCAGAUUGUCGGGGACACAGUUGUUAUUGUCAGCAUCAUCGUCAUCACUGCCCUCAUCAGAAUCAUAGUCACUUUCUCCAUCCUCGU